AUGCUCCAGGUGCCUCCUGCUGUGCCUCACAUGCUCCAGGUGCCUCCUGCUGUGCCUCACAUGCUCCAGGUGCCUCCUGCUGUGCCUCACAUGCUCCUGGUGUCUCCUGCUGUGCCUCACAUGCUCCUGGUGUCUCCUGCUGUGCCUCACAGGCUCCAGGUGCCUCCUGCUGUGCCUCACAUGCUCCUGAUGUCUCCUGCUGUGCCUCACAUGUUCUUGGUGCCUCCUGCUGUGCCUCACAAGCUCCAGGUGCCUCCUGCUGUGCCUCACAAGCUCCAGGUGCCUCCUGCUGUGCCUCACAUGCUUCUGGUGCCUCCUGCUGUGCCUCACAUGCUCCUGGUGCCUCCUGCUGUGCCUCACAUGCUCCUAGUGUCUCCUGCUGUGCCUCACAUGCUCCUGGUGCCUCCUGCUGUGCCUCACAUGCUCCUGGCGUCUCCUGCUGUGCCUCACAUGCUCCCGGUGCCUCCUGCUGUGCCUCACAGGCUCCAGGUGCCUCCUGCUGUGCCUCACAGGCUCCUGGUGCCUCACUGCUGUGCCUCACAUGCUCCUAGUGUCUCCUGCUGUGCCUCACAUGCUCCUGGUGCUCCUGCUGUGCCUCACAUGCUCCUGGCGUCUCCUGCUGUGCCUCACAUGCUCCCGGUGCCUCCUGCUGUGCCUCACAGGCUCCAGGUGCCUCCUGCUGUGCCUCACAGGCUCCUGGUGCCUCCUGCUGUGCCUCACAUGCUCCUAGUGUCUCCUGCUGUGCCUCACAUACUCCUGGUGCCUCCUGCUGUGCCUCACAUGCUCCUGGCGUCUCCUGCUGUGCCUCACAUACUCCUGGUGCCUAUUGCUGUGCCUCACAUACUCCUGGGGCCUCCUGCUGUGCCUCACAUACUCCUGGCGUCUCCUGCUGUGCCUCACAUGCUCCUGGAGUCUCCUGCUGCGCCUCCUUGCUGA